AGUUUCAAGAGGUGAGCUGUUCAGUAAAGAUAUAGUUAGUGUUACUUGUUAUUGUGCAUUUGUAUACUUGUCAAUUAUGUUAACAGAAAAUUAUUUUAGUGAUUAUACUUCCCUUGAAAAAAGUAAUAUGUCUUAUCCAAAUAUGUUAACUCCGCCAUCAAGCUCUGAAGAUUCCCCACAUUCAACUUAUUUAGUGGCGUCACCUAAUUCUAACACAUUUGAAUACGAAAAUUAUGAAUAUGCUCCUGUACAACCUAUUCUCUAUUCAAACAAGCCUAGUGUAAUUGUUGAUCCUUCUUUAGUCAUGGUAAAAAUGGAAGCACCGUCAAGACCGUCUACACUAGCAAAUGCUAUUCUACACUUUGUAGAACAACCAACAGAUCGAUUUAGAUUUCGGUAUAAAUCAGAAAUGGCGGGAACACACGGCAGUCUUACCGGUAUUAAUUCAGACAAAUCGAGAAAACCAACAUAUCCCACCGUAGAAGUACGAAAUUGUGGUAAUCUCGACAAAGUUAUUAUAAGAUGUUCAAUAUAUCAAUCCAAUGCAGAUAAUAAAGAUUUUUUACCUCAUGCUCACAGAUUGAUGAUGAAAAGAGGGCGUGAAGAAUUCGACGAUCCCCAUGAUGUGGAAGUUGGACCUGAAGAUGGAUACAGAGCCGUAUUUCAAGGCAUGGGGAUUAUUCAUACCGCAAAGAGAAAUCUGGUAUCGGAAUUGUUAAGAAAAAAGAUUCAACUAAAAAAAGAAUAUAUUGCCAGAACGGAAUCCAAAGUAAGAGAUUUGACACAGAAGGAAAUAGUAGAGAUUAAGGGGUUGGCUGAGAGCGAAAGUAAAUCAAUUAAUCUGAACAUAGUUUGUCUAAGGUUUGAUGCUUAUAUUAAAGAGAAUGGUAUAUUAUUUCCUAUUUGUCAGCCUAUUUUUUCCCAUAGUAUCAACAAUUUGAAGAGCGCCUUAACUGGUGAUCUUAAAAUUGUUAGACUAGAUCAUGUCGUUAGCGAAGCAAAAGGAAAUAAGGAAAUCUUCAUAUUAGUUGAAAGAGUCACCAAAAAAAAUAUUAAAAUUCGAUUCUAUGAACUUGACGACGACGAAAAUGUUGUUUGGGAAGGCUGGGGCCAAUUUAAUGAUUUGGAUGUACACCACCAGUAUGCGAUUGUAUUCAAGACACCGCAGUAUAAAGAUGAAAACAUCACGUCUCCAGUCAAUGUCUUCGUUGAAUUGGUACGACCGUCGGACCAAGCUCGGUCAGAAGCACGGGAAUUUAGAUAUAUACCAAAUAAAAAACAUGUUAAACCUGGACAAAAGCGUCCACGAUACGACUACUCAUCAUCGAGCUACGAUAGUUCCAAUGUAGGAAGUGAAGAAUUACCAGCGGUAAUCAAUACCCUUCAAAUUGGACCGGACGUUCAUAUGUCCUUCAAUAACAUUCCAAGCGGUCUAAGUGAAGAGAUCCAACGAGCUCUAGCUGAUAUAAACUCUGACGAGUUCAAAAAACUACAUGACGUUCACGGUGAUGAAUAUAAUGCAAUGCUAGAGAAUUUAGCUACUGAUGGAGUUAACGCUAAUUCUGUACCGGUAAGAAAGCGGCCUGAAUUGAAACUUAAUGCACCGAUUAAAAUGGAAGUUUCAAAAGAAGACAUAAAAAUGGCGAUAUCAGUAGUCAAUGAAUUUAGAAGUUUUAUAAGGACUACACAUACAGCAGUUAAUGCAGUUUCUAUGUUAAACAAGUAUUUUAAUGCAGAUAACUGUACCAAUGCGCUUCACGUCUGUGCAGCUCUUCGAGAUAACGAUUCGGCUAUGCUGUUACUGAAAAUAAUAGCGGUUUAUAGAGCGUUUCAUUUAUUGGAUAAAACUAACGACCAAAACUUAACAGCUCUACAUAUCGCAGUUAUGUGUCAUAAUAAAGAUUUGACUGUUGCAUUAGUAUUAUGCAAUGCUAAACUGGCUGUUACAGAUAGUAACUUAAACACUGCGUUGCACCUUGCGAUAAAAUCAAAUGUUUCAAUUGAAAUUUUGGAAACCCUUUUAAGACAACCGAAAUAUAGUUCUGUUGAUCAAAUCAAAGGUUUCAUUGACAUGGUAAAUCUAGAUGGCAAUACUGCUUUGAUGAUGGCGGUCGAGGCAAAUAAAUUAGCUUAUGUCAAGCUUUUGUGCUUCAAAAAUGCAGAUGUCAAUAAAAAACAGCAGAAGAAUGGUUUUGUACCGUUAAGAAUAGCAAUUGAAAAAGAGCAUUUAGAUAUAAUUCGAUAUUUGCUUUCUCUGGAACAAACAGAUGUCAAUAUUAAAGACUUUACUAAUAUUUCACCACUCGUUGCCGGCAUUACUAAAACAGAUAAUGAUGAAAUUCGAAAUAUCAUUGAAAGCUUUAUGAAAUUCAAUAACAUUGUUUUGGAUAUCAAAGAAGAGCCAGAGGAAACGGAUGAUGAAAUGGACGUUGAAUUUCAGGAUAUAGAAGUCAAAACAGAAAAGCAAGAAGUUUCAUCAGAGGAAUUAGAGGAACUUUACGAGGGUAUAAACAGUUUAACACCUCAAUGUUUGGAUACAGUUGCAAGUCUUUUGGAUAUACACAAUAAUUGGAAGAAUCUUGCCCAAUUAUUGGAAAUGGAACAUUUAGUUGAUAGUGGUAUGAUAAAAUCCGAAGCGAAAGCCAUUUUGACUCACGCUGUGGAGGCCAACCAGGACUGGACAAAACCAAGCUUUAUCUAUGUAUUACGUAACUUUUUAGAAAACUUAGAUGAGAUCGAAGCUGUGGACAUUAUGGACAAAAUGGUUUUUGACAUAAAUGAACUCAAAAAUAAGACAUAAUUGAUUCUUGUUAUACAUAAAUGGUUAAGAUUAUUUUUAUUUUUUUUAGAUAUCAACAUACCCUUAUUAUCUAGUGUUAUUUUUUAAUAAAAGAUUUAUUUACA